CGGUUGGUUACGGAGCCUUUUAAAAACGAUUCGGUCUCUAACAAGGAAGCGAAUCAUGAAAAUAAAAGUGGGAGGGGUUAGACAGAGAGAGGGAGAAAAAGAAAGAGAUAAGAAUAAGCGAUCUCUGGCCUGAGCCCUCCAGUUGUUAGAUACGUGGAUUAACGUUUCGAGUUCCGGCGGAUCACGGAUUCGUUGCCUCGUUGGAUUCUAGAUUUUAUCCUAAAGGGUAGGUGGGUUUUGGUUGGGUUUAUUUCUGUUUUAGGGUUUUCCUUGGUCUGCCUGCGAAUCGCGGUUGGAGACCGAUAUUCUCUUCUUUCAUUUAUCCUUUCUGAAAUCGAGUUGAAAUCGAAGCAGUCAUGCCGGGUAAUCCAGGUUGCACGGUUUACAUAGGUAAUUUGGAUGAGGGGGUUAGUGAUAGGGUCUUGUAUGAGAUCCUUAUUCAGGUUGGGAGGAUAGUUGAUUUGCACAUUCCGCGAGAUAAGGAGACCAAUAAGCACAGGGGUUAUGCCUUUGUAGAAUAUGAAAGUGAGGAGAUUGCACAAUACGCAGUUAGGCUUUUCUCUGGCCUUGUCACUCUUCGAAAUAGAACACUGAAAUUUGCGAUAUCUGGGCAAAACAAGAGCUCACAGAGCUUAUCAACUCCAGUUAGGCCUAUGUUGAACUCAUCUCAUAAACCAAGGCCUUACCAUACACCUAUUGGUAAUACAGAAACUCUCCAGCAGUCAUCAAAGCUAUUGCCACCAUGCAGGUUUUCAGAAUACCCCUCGAAUAAUGCACAAGAGUCUCCUCCCCUUGGGGUAGCACAACCUAAUGCUUUUAGAUCAGAUUUCAACAGCCACAACUAUAAUUAUAGUCGGCGGGUUCUUGGGGCAACAUUCAAUAGUUUUCGCCAGUCUAGUCAAGGAUACUAGUUUUUGAGUGCUUUUUGUAUCCAGAAUUCCAGAUACUGACUCACAUAAUCUUACUGGCAUUAAUGGUAUUAGUGUUCAUUUGUUGUACCAAUUAUCACUAUGUAAAUGCCAUGAAUUGGUAAAAGAUCUCUCUUCUAAUUGGUAAGAUUCCUAAAAGAUACUCUGGACACAAAAUUGAGUUUUGGUGUGUAGUUAGAAUUGUUGUAUAUGACACUAGUUUGCUGUCUUAAUGUUUUACCUUCUUACUUCAGUGAACGUGUAAGUUAGUAUUUCUAUUACAGUACAGUUGUUUAUGAUGCACCAGUUUGCUGUCUUAAUAUUUUGACCUUCUUUACAUUGUGUAAUAAAUUAGUAUUUCUAUUA